CCGCAGCAUGAGAAGGACGCGUUUUGUGCUCAUUUCAGACACCGUCGGCCAUCGCCCUCCCCUUCCUAGAGACGAUGUUCUUUGCCAUGCUAGAGGUUUGUCAUUGCAAGGCGACAUAAAUGGUCUACGCCGCACUCUCGAAUGGAUCGAUGAAGCAGAUUUUGAGAUCAAGAUCAUCAUUGCAGGCCAGANNCCACCACAGCACAGGACCUAUGCUAUCACACUUGACAAGGACUUUUAUGAAGCGCCAGAUAAAGGCGAACGUGUCCGGCAAAAGAUACCGCAAGAUCCUGACCAAUGUCUCGAAUUAGUUAGGAAAUACCAUCCGAACAUACUCCAGUCACCAUCAGGACCACGGACAACCCUCAAGGUUUUCGGCAGUCGUUAUGUGCCCAGGCGUGACGAACGGGCAUUCGGAUACACACGCCACGAUGACGCAGCUGAACAUCUCUGGUCAGAUAUUCCGUUGGAUACGGACAUAUUGCUGACUCACACUCCGGCUUUCAACCACCGCGAUGCCAGUACUGAAUGGCAAGCGGCGGGCUGUGAGGUGCUCAGAAAGGCUUUGUGGCAAGUCAGACCUCGCCUAGCGGUCUGCGGUCGUAUUCAUGAGGCCAGAGGGAUUGAGAAGGUGCAUUGGAAACUCGGGCAGGCCUAUCCGCCAUUCUGGGAAAGACGGACAACGCAAGUCAAUGUCCCUAGUUCUUGGGAAAAAGGGAGAUGGAUAGCAUUGGACAUGACCUGCAUGGGUGACAAUCCCCUGCUCAACGACGGAGCCGGUUUUGAUCCACUACUCGUUGGUGAAGUCCCUGAACAGCAGCCACAUGGAAACAAUGUUUUCUUUUCUCCAGGAAGAGAACAGAGCGACACGGCANCUAUUACCAUUGUCGAAGACAACGAUGGUGGUCCGCCAAGCGAAGUGCUGACAAUAUUGUCGGGCUCAAGCGAGAUGACAGCUCAGACGGGAGUCUCCCAGUGGAAUACGGCAGAUGUCACCUACCGACAUGAACCGGCCUUACGGCCUCAACCUAUGCGCUCAAAGCUCGGUGAUCGCAACCAGGCAGCUCUACAGGGUCGACUCGGCAGACAGGAAACGUUGAUCGUGAAUGCAAGUAUUAAGGCCAAGGGGAUGAUCAAAAGAGUCUACAACAAGCCGAUUGUUGUAGAUAUUGAGCUACCGGUCGGAGACGAGUUCGCG